GUGCGCGCGCGCUCCCGAGCAGAGGGAAGAUGGCGGAUGUUUGGAGUGUGAAGAUUCAUGAGAGAAGCUGAUAAAGAGAAACACAAACAACAGAAGAAACGAGCGGACGACAGACACAAACACACACACACAGAGAGAGAGAGAGAGAGAGAUCUACAGACAGACAGCAUCAUGUCUCGCUGCUCAGACGGUGAAGACUGCUGCUUCGUUGCCAUGGAGACAGAGGAGGGCGUGCAGACGGUGGACAUGAAGACGGAGGAGGCGGACAGACCGGCGGCGAGCAUUCACAGCAUGAGAGAACUGCCAGAGGAAGUGCUGGAGUAUAUUCUGUCCUUCCUCUCUCCUUAUCAGGAGCACAAGACCGCCGCCCUGGUGUGCAAACAGUGGUAUCGCCUCAUCAAAGGUGUGGCGUACCAGUGUUAUCACGGCUUCCUGCGGGCCAUUCAGGACGGGAACAUCCAGUGGGAAAGCCGCACUUAUCCUUAUCCUGGAACGCCAAUUACACAACGCUUCUCACACAGUGCGUGUUAUUACGACUCCAAUCAGUCCAUGUACGUGUUUGGCGGCUGCACUCAGAGCAGCUGUAACGCUGCGUUUAAUGACCUGUGGCGUCUGGAUCUCAACAGUAAAGAGUGGAUCCGUCCGCUUGCGUCAGGUUCAUAUCCAUCACCUAAAGCCGGAGCCACGCUGGUCAUGUAUAAAGAUCUGCUGGUGCUGUUCGGCGGCUGGACACGGCCCAGUCCGUAUCCUCUACACCAGCCCGAGAGAUUCUUCGAUGAGAUCCACACGUACUCGCCCUCUAAGAACUGGUGGAACUGUAUCGUAACGACUCAGGGGCCGCCGCCCAUGGCAGGUCACUCCUCUUCUGUCAUUGGCAGUAAAAUGAUCGUGUUCGGCGGGUCUCUGGGUGCUCGGCAGAUGAGUAAUGAGGUUUGGGUUCUGGAUCUGGAGCAGUGGUCCUGGUCUAAACCCAGCAUCAGCGGUGCGUCUCCUCACCCGCGGGGCGGACAGUCUCAGAUCGUCAUCGAUGAUGAAACGCUGCUCAUUCUGGGAGGCUGUGGAGGUCCAAACGCUCUACUGAAGGACGCCUGGCUGCUGCACAUGAGCGCCUCCACCUGGACGUGGGAGCAAGUGCGAGUGGAAAAUGAAGAUCACGGAGCGCCCGAGCUUUGGUGCCACCCGGCCUGCAAGGUGGGUCAGUGUGUGGUGGUUUUCUCUCAGGCGCCGUCGGGCCGCGCCCCUCUCAGCCCGAGUCUCAACUCUCGCCCCUCCCCCAUCAGCUCUACGCCCGCCCCGCUGGGCCCCGACCCGCCCUCCCUCCGCUCUCAGUCUCCGGUGCGCAGCGGGGCGGCAGGCGUAGUCCUUGGCGCGGUGGAGGAGGCGCCCUGUGUGAACGGCCGGUGGGGAACCCUGCGGCCCAGAGCGUCGGCCAGAGCUCGAGACGGAAGCCCGUCGGCCUCGCAGCAGCAUUCACCCUCGCGGGGGCCCGACAGCCCCCCGCUGCUCAACGGCUCCUCGCCCUCCCCCCGCACCAGCCCCGUGCAGGCGGCGUCUCCGCCGGCACGCCCCCAUGCUCACGUGCCCGCGGACUAUAGCUGGGAUGGAUUGCCUGCGGCUGAGGCCGUCAGCUCCAAUGGGCUGCACACGCCACCUCAGGCCGCCUCACCGCGCACCCCUCCGGGCGCGGUGUCUCCUGCCGCUCUGCGCAGAGGUCUAGAGGCUGUCAAAGCCUCCUCGUCGCUGCCCACCUCUUCCUCGCUGUCUCAGCCGGGCACCUCCGUGUCCACCGGCACGCCUCCGACCUCCUCCAGCCCCCCGCAGACAGCAGCAGCAGACGGUCACUCCAUCCCGCCCAUCGCGCGCCGGUUGGGUCACCACCCGCCGCAGAGCUUGAACGUGGGCAAACCUCUGUACCAGUCGCUUAACUGCAAACCCAUGCAGAUGUACCUGCUAGACAUUUCUCGUGCCAAGUUGGACGGCGUGGUGUCGUGGAAGGUGUACGGUAGCGGCGGCACGCCCGGCGCUGUCACCGGACCGCCGGAGACCAGCCUGCACACGGUGGUUCAGGGCCGAGGAGAGCUCAUCAUCUUCGGCGGCUUGAUGGACAAAAAGCAGAAUGUGAAAUAUUACCCCAAAACCAACGCCUUGUACUUCGUCCGCGCUAAGAGGUAAUGGACGCCCGCUGGACAACUGCUGCCCGUACACUACUUUACCUUCAAAUACAGCUCCACACGUAUAAAGGACACGCAAACAGAGUCGGUGUUUAAUUGAAUAAUGAAUGCCUGAUGUUUUAGCUGUGUGUGUGUGCGCGUUUGUGAAAUAUUGAAGAGAAUGCUUGUCUGUUUCUGUUGCAUUUUACUCUCAGAAACUUUAAUCUGACUGAAGGGACACAACAUUAGUUGGUGACAUGGAUGAAAUUCUUUUUUUACUACAGCCUGCAUUGUUUACAUUAAACGUGUAUGUGUGUGCGUGCGCUGUGUUGUGGAGGCAGUGAAUUGUAAACAGAAAAUAAAGUUCUCCAUGUCUUAAAUCUGUUUUUACU